AACGAACGACACGCGUGCGCACAUACACGGAACACGUGCAGUCGAUCUGGUCAAGGAGUUACAAAAUGUGACAUUUGUGCUAUGUUGAUGCGCAAGUCAUCAUGAAUAAAAAUGGCGAUCCUCUUUCAAAUGGAGAAAAAUCCAACUCGGUGGUCGCAAUGGGAGAUGAGACUCGUUCGAAAGAUACCAUUUGUGUCAACUCCUGACGAUUUGCUCCUUCCUCGACAUUUGGCAGAUCCACUUGUUGACACUGUUUAUGACGCGCGUUCCCGACGCGUGUGGAAAAAGUAGCGCAAGAUGACGACGUUGAUGGCGGCGGUCGUCCCCGGUCGCUCCCCCAGGGCUCGCCUCCUCCUCCCCGCGGGGACAGCGCCUCCAUCCCCGCUGCGGGUCCUCUAGACGCCGCCUUCGGAGCUCCGUCAGCCGGGGAGAGAACGCCAGAAGAGCCGCUUACCCCGCAGCCGGUGCACGCACGGCCCCGCUCGGCAUCGUCGCUCGCUUUGGUUCAUUAUUAUGCAUUUAUACAUAUUUAUUUUUAAAAAAAUGACUUCUUGAUGGAUAACGCGCACGCCCAGUGAGCCGAGAUGGAGACCAUGGAGAGGGAGUGCAGCGCGCUGGGGGGACUCUUCCAGAACGUCAUCGCGGACAUGAAGGGCAGUUAUCCCGUGUGGGAAGACUUUGUCAGCAAAGCCAGCAAACUGCAGUCACAGCUCAGGACGACGGUGGUGGCGGCGGCGGCCUUCCUGGACGCCUUCCAGAAGGUGGCGGACAUGGCGACCAGCAGCCGAGGGGCGACGAGGGACAUCGGCUCAGCGCUCACCAGGAUGUGCAUGAGGCACCGCAGCAUCGAGGCCAAACUCAGACAGUUCUCCACGUUGUUUGUGGAUUGCCUCAUCAACCCGCUCCAGGAGCAGAUGGAGGAGUGGAAGAGAGUCGCCAACACUCUGGACAAGGACCACGCCAAAGAGUACAAGAAAGCGCGUCAGGAGAUCAAGAAGAGAUCUUCGGACACUCUGAAGCUGCAGAAGAAAGCCAAGAAAGCUGAUAUCUUCGGUCGCGGGGACAUCCAGCCGCAGUUGGACAACGCCAAACAGGAAGUGAGCGACAAGUACUUCCUGCUGGAGGAGGCGGAGAAGCAGGCGGUGAGGAGAGCCAUGGUGGAGGAGAGGAGUCGCUUCUGCUGCGUGGUCGCCAUGCUCAGGCCCGUCGUGGAAGAGGAGAUGUCCAUGCUUGGCGAGAUCAGUCACCUUCAGACGCUGACCGACGACCUGAAGAUGUUAACCAUGGACCCUCACAAGUUGCCAGCUGCCAGUGAACAGGUGAUUGUUGACCUGAAGGCGUCAGAGUGCACCUGGUCCUAUCAGACUCCGCCCUCAUCUCCAAGCACCACCGUGUCCAGGAAGUCCAGCAUGUGCAGCAGCCUGAACAGCGUGAACAGCAGCGACUCUCGCUCCAGCGGCUCCCGCUGCCACUCUCCCACCUCGCACUUCCGCUACCGCACCUCCUCCUCCUCGUCCUCGGCUCUUCCGCAGCAGACGCCGGCCCGCCUCUCCUCGGUGUCCUCCCACGACUCGGGCUUCAUCUCGCAGGACGCCUCCCGGUCCAAGUCGCCCUCCCCCAUGCCUCCGGACCCCUCGCAGUUGUCCGAUGGUUUGGACCGUCACGCUCACCCCUGGCUGUGCGGCGUGUUACAACAAGACAUCCACUUCCAUUCACCAUACUUCCUCUCCUCAUCCUCCUCUUCCUCCACCGCCACCUCACCCUUGUCCCCGCCGUCCCCUUCGACCCUCUCGCCCGUCCGGUCUUCUCGUUUGGCCGACUUCCCGCCCUUCUGCUCCUCCGCGACCUCAUCAUCGAGCCGGGUCCCGUCCUGGAAGGACUGGGCCAAGCCGGGCCCGUACGAUCAGACCGUGUUCAACGCCCUGAGGAAGGGCAAGGAGAGGAGGGAGGCUGUUGACCCCCAAGGAGAGGAGCUCCAAGGGGGUAAAGGAAGCCCCCCUGUGUCAUCACCCAAGGAGGACAGGGAGGCCCACGUGGAGCUGGCGAGGGCGCUGGCCCGCAGUCUCCACUUGGACUUCCACGGCUCCAGCAGGGACUCGCUGCAGGGCUCCAGCGGCUACAGCAGUCAGACCAACACACCGUGCUGCUCCGAGGACGCUGGCCCCACGCAAGACUGCGACUACUUCUCCAUGGCAGCGGACCACGAAGGCGACCGCCAGAAUCCCGACGUGGACAAGUCGCCCGGCGUCCCACGGCCCAGCGACCUCUCUCAGUCCUGCCGCCGCUUGUUUCAGUCCAAGCGUCCCGCGUCGGCUUGCGUGCUCCCCGGCCCCGCCGCGGUGGUGCCGCCGGGGGUGGCCACCAUUCGGCGGACGCCGUCCUCCAAACCCAACCUCCGACGCCCGUCGGGAGGCCUCGCUUUGGGCCCCAUCCCCAUCAAGCCGCCCAUGAUCCCGGUCAAGACCCCCACCGUGCCGGUCCACGCCGGCUUCCCUCGGGGCACGACGUCCGAGGACGGCAACACCCCGCGGAACCCCGUGAGCCCCCCGAGCACUCCCCUCUCACCGGGGAGCAGCGGAACCUUUUCGCCUCACUUUGAUCGCGGCCGGGGGUCCGAGCCGGACCGACGUCCUCUGCCGGAGCUGCUGGAGGAGACGGAACACGGUGAUGGGGCGGACGACUUCCUGGUGGCCAUCCGGCGCGGCGUCAAGCUGAAGAGGACGACGACCGACGACCGUUCGGCACCCAGGAUCCACUGAUCCCGACAAACGGUUUCUCCGAUGCUGCAGCAGUUUUGUCGCAACAAAACGGACAAAGUGAGUCACACAUUUCCCCGUUUGGGACGUCCCCAACUGAAGCGCUUAUCCCUUUAAGAGUCAACAAUCGGACUUGUCUGGAGGACGUUUUGUCCAGGAGGUGUCAAACGUGAGCGGCGUGUGACUCACGCGUGAAAACACGGCGGUCGAUGUCUUUUCUUUUUUGCACGCUCUCCGCUUAAAGUGCCAAAAUCUGCUGCGGUAUCUCAUUUAUUCUGCUUCACUUGACCGUGAGGACAAAAGUGACGACAGGACGCUGGAGUUUGCCUUUCGGACUGAAAGCGUUUGGCAUGUUGUUGCUCUUUUUAUCUCCGCCGUGUUGUCUAUUAUUGAGCGUUGUCUACGACGAGCUUGUCACAUCUCAGCGCGCUUUUGGCCCGAUACGAUACGAAUGUUGGGUUUUUACCGUUUAUUUUUGUAGAGGCGUACAGGGGUCAAGUCAGGUGGUGUUUAUUUAUGAUUUGUUACGCUGACAUGUUGUGGAUACAUUGAAGUGUGUGUAAUUAUAUAUAAUAGACUUAACGACGUAACGAUGUUAUGGUAGACACACUCGCGGUGUACGGAGGUAGGUUUCCAUGUUUCACGAGCGAAGGUGUCGCGUGAAGACUCUGGAGGAUACCACGGCGGCUCUGUACAAAAUGGAAGCUAAGAAUUAGUUAGGUGAGUAGUUGAGUGUCAUCGAUCCCCGGCGAAGCGAGGGAUCUCCUUCUCAACCUUCUCGUACAUGUCAACGAUCGUCACAGCCAGUCGAAAACUAAAGCGCGACAGACAUACUGUAGCACGGCCAGCCUCCGAGAGCUUGCGAGUGUCUGAUAGUUUACAUUUGUGUUAGCCACCGUUACGGCUUCUCGGUUGCUGCCGUCAGGUCAACGCUACGUACUGUAUUCGUUUUCCGUGUUUCACGACGCAACGUUCUUCACCGCCAGCCGUCCUGUCGGAAGCAUUUCCUGACCAGUGUUGUCCUUUUCGAUUGCAUUCAGUUGUUUCUGCAGGACCGAAAGGCCCGUUCGGGUCAACUCGACGGCACCUCGAAGGCCUGUACGAUGGCUGGACUCUGUCCGUCGUGUGGCUGAUGCGCCGAGCAGAUGAAGCUGAAUGUGACGAGCCUCCAAAAGUCUACGCUCGCAAUCAUUUCAGCCUUGGAGAGUUCAAUACACAAAUCAUUUCAAAAAAAAAUUGUCAGGUCCAGUGUGUGUGUGUGUGUGUGUGUGUGUGUGUGAUUGUUGCUUGUCCUACUCGCACACAAGUCUUGCACGCAUUUAAUGUCUGUAGAUUCUCAGUCAUCCGGCUCAUGGUAAUCCGCAAAAAAUGAUUUCGAUGGUUAAAUGGUGGCAACACGUCCCAAUUGUUGUUUUUGCUCAGGAACUAUGUUGAAGUGAGUUGAGGACUUUCAUGUAGACAAAGGGAGUGCUUUACUACUCUCUUGUAGCAUCUUGGUGCCAAGGAACUAUGUUGAAGUGAAAUGUGAAACAUUUAGACACAAGUUGGGCUGUCACCAUCGUGUGGCAUUUUGGUCCCAGCAAACUAUUUAGAAAUGAAUGGUGAAGCUUCAUUUAGACAAAAGUAGUGGUUUGCUGCCAUUCGGUGGUAUCUUGGUGCCAAGGAACUAUGUUGAGGUGUGUUGAGGAGCUUUAUUUCGACAAAAGUAGUGCUUUGCCACCAUGUUUUGGUGUCUCACUGCCAAGGAACUAUGUUGAAGUGAGUUUAGGCGUUUCAUGCAGACAAAAGUAGUGCUUUGCCACCAUCUUGUGGUAUCUUGGUGCCACGGAACUAUGUUGAAGUGAUUUGAGGAGUUUCCUGUAGACACAAGUAGCUCUUUGCCGCCAUCUUGUGGCACCUAAAGGCACUUCUAAACCUUUUUGGGGGGCAUGUCAAGUACUUGCAGAGUUUUGCUUGUCAUCUGUCCAGAAUUUGUACAUUGUUGUCCUCAAAUGUCCUUUCCUCUUUUUGAGAUGCAAAUGAACCACUGAGUCCGGACCCCCAAGUAGGCUGCCCUCCUAACGGAUAAAAAGGUAGAAUCCACAGGCCAGCACGAGCCCGACGGCCAAGGCCACGGGUGAAUUCAUCGUGUGGUAGCAGGCGUGGCGGAGGUGGGUCCACACCGGCGAGGGCUCCACCAGCCGGUCCACCCUGUCGGAGAUGGCGCGCAGACGUGCGCAGAUGUCCCGCAGGUCUUGGCGCAGCUCGUCCAGGUCCAUCUGGGUCUGCCGCUUGAUCUCCACGAUCAUCUGGUAGAGCGUUAUGUUGACCUGCUGACCGUUCCUCGUUACCUCAAACAUCUCGCGGCGGAAGGCCUCGAUGUCCGCCGGGCAAGCUUCCAUCCUCCGGCGGCGGCGUUGUGUGCGGGACGGGGGCGGGUCGGGACGCAAAUGUGCCGACGCAGCUCUCGAAAUCCUCCGUUCGACAGCGCGACAAAGGACGGCUCGCCUCUCAUACGGCACGUCAACAAAGACCGAGCAGGUGAUGAGGAGCUGUGUGAUGUCGUAUUAAGGACGGGCCAUUACAGCUGCUUCGAUAGCGCUUACCCCCGUUUGGCUCGCGGACUUUGUGCGGAAAAGAGGGACUACACCCUGGACUGGUAGCCAGCCAAUCACUGGCCACAAAUAGAGACAGACGAUCUUUCUCACUCACAGCGACUGGGAACUGAACCUGAACAGAACAGAAGCGAGACGACUGAACUACGACGCAGCCGGAAAAACAAGUAACUGACACGUGUACCGCAAACUUCGAUCCGAAAACAGUUUGAAAUCAUUUUAAGAUCAUCUUAGAACAUUACCCGUAAAAGAAAAACUGCCCCUGAAGUGCACGCGCGCACUGGCAAAGACUCUCCGUAACUUCCACGAACAACCCAGGCCAAACUUGGCUCCUCCCUGACAUACAAAGCUUGUCUCUCGGUUGAGAUGUAUCACUUCAACGUACUUUCUUCAGAACAAUUCCUAUUUACAUGGGCUUUGGCGCCAUCUUGUGGCAUCGUAGAGAUUUAUGAAAAGAGCACAAAAGGCCCAGAGAUUUGGACCUGUGGAUAUAAAUGAAUAAACUGGGUGUCCACAAUUUCAAAUAAUUAAUACAAAAGCAAUUAAUAAGAUACGUGAAUCAGAUUUGUUCUCGUAUGUACUCAGUGGUUUUCAAGUUUUUAAUCGCAUCGCGUUUGUGUAUUUCAUCACGGGUUGAAUCGAGGCAACUGCAUGGACUUUUUUUUUGUUUGUUUGUCUUGUUUUAUGAAAAUAA